ACUACAUUUUAAUUUCCUUCUCAACUCAAUGGCCUCCAAGCUUUAUAGUAGCAUAACUCAUAUUAUCUUUCUACUUGCACUUCUGUACUCAACAACUUCGGCAAGAAAUAGUACCACUCCUUCAGUUUCCAUUUGCAACUCCACCCCUUAUCCUGGCCUAUGUUCAUCUUCUCUUCAAACCAACAAUGACACUGCCAAUGUCUACGACUAUGGCCGAUUUUCGGUGCGUAAAUCCUUAUCGGCUGCUCGUAAAUUCUUGAGGCUAACUGAAAAAUAUCUACAGAAGUCCCAUGCAUUGACAACCGGUGCAAUUCGUGCACUCGAAGAUUGUCAUCUGCUGGCUGAACUUAAUAUUGAUUUUCUUUCGAGUUCUUCUCAAGUUGUGGACAAAGCUCAGACACUCUCGGCAAUACAGGCUGAUGAUGUUCAAACCCUACUUAGUGCUAUUUUGACAAACACGCAGACUUGCUUGGAUGGCCUUCAAGAGACUGCUUCAUCUUGGAGCUUGAAGAAUGGAAUCUCCACCCCUUUGUCUAACUAUGACACUAAACUUUAUAGUGUUUCUUUAGCUCUAUUUAAAAAAGGGUGGGUGCAUAAGAAGAAGAAAGGACCAUCUAGUACUAGCAAGAAGCAAGGAGCAUUAGAGAAGGGACAUUUUUCCGUGAAAAUGUCCAAGAAAAACAAAGCCAUUUUCGAGAAAGUUGGGAGGAGAAAGCUUCUUCAGGAUACAGAUAGUGACGUUGAUCAAAUUCCGGUCAGUGAAAUGGUGGUGGUGAGUCAAGAUGGCACGGGGAACUUCACCACCAUAAGCGACGCCUUGGCAGUUGCUCCUAAUAAUUCAGUGGCUAGUGAUGGCUACUUUCUGAUAUAUGUCACGGCCGGGGUCUAUGAAGAAUAUGUGACCAUCACAAAGAAAAUGAAGUACUUGAUGAUCAUGGGUGAUGGAAUCAAUCAAACCAUCAUAACAGGCAACCGUAGUGUCGUUGAUGGCUGGACCACUUUCAAUUCUUCAACAUUUGCUGUUUUAGGACAAGGUUUUGUGGGAGUAAACAUGACUAUCAGAAACACAGCAGGAGCCAUCAAGCACCAAGCUGUCGCACUACGAAACGGAGCAGAUUCAUCAACUUUCUACAGCUGCAGCUUCGAAGGCUACCAAGACACAUUAUACGUACAUUCCCUCAGACAAUUUUACAGAGAAUGCGACAUCUAUGGCACAGUCGACUUCAUAUUCGGCAACGCAGCUGCAGUCUUCCAAGACUGCAACAUCUAUCCGCGGCUGCCUCUAGCCAACCAGUUCAAUGCAAUCACUGCUCAGGGAAGAGCUGAUCCGAACCAGAACACGGGCAUUUCGAUACAGAAUUGUAAUAUUAGGGCUUCUGAUGAUCUGGCCUCUAGCGAUGGAACUACAGAGACUUAUCUUGGAAGGCCGUGGAAAGAGUAUUCGAGGACUGUGUAUAUGCAAUCUUUUAUGGGCGAGUUGAUAAAUUCUGAUGGAUGGCGCGAAUGGGCAGGAGAUUUUGCUUUAAAUACGUCGUAUUAUGCGGAGUUUAAUAACAGGGGACCGGGAUCGAAGACGGAUGGGAGAGUUACGUGGCCGGGAGUUCAUCAGAUUGGUGCUGCGGAUGCUAGUAAUUUUACGGUGUCGAACUUUUUGUUGGGGGAUGAUUGGUUACCGCAGACUGGAGCCCCGUAUUCAGGUGGGUUGUGACUAGCUGAUCCGCGAUUUUGGUGGCGUUUGGAUUAAGGUUGAUAAUAAGAAUCAGGAAAGAACGAGAAUGGAGGUUACGGAAAUGAAAACCUGGAUUGGAAAAAUAUGAUUUAACCAUCUAAAAAAGUUGAAUUCUCAUAUCAAAAGAAUUAAGAUUCCGAUGAUUCCCAUGUUAACUGUUCUUAUUAAUUAACCAUAAACUAAACAGUCUCUUGUCUUUUUUAAAUGUAUAUUAAUGGGUUCGAAAUGUUUUAUUGAUUAUAUGUACACACUAGUAGAACGAUUAUCAAAUGUUCGCCCCCCGGCAAGUUAGCAACCCUCAAGCGAACUUGAACAUAAAUGAUAUGAAUUCUCUA